AGAAGGACAUGCUGCAUGUAUAGAGGAAAAUAAAAGAAUAGUGAGUGAAUGAAUGGUGACGACUGAAGCAGAGCUUUCCAUACAGAGGACAGAGUGCAGAUACAUAGUCUAAAUGAUCGCUGCUGCUUCAUUUUUGGGAAAUGUGUAUCUGAAGUAAAGUAAUAAACUCAGUACGGACUUCACCUUUCCAUCUUCAGGGGUACCACAAAGUCUUCUUAUUGUACUUCAACUGAACAACAGGUUUUGGAAAAGUUUACCCUGGCCUCACUAAGGUUGAGAACCACUGUACUAGGGCUUUUCUGUAUCUUGCUCCAUCCGAUUCAAGGAAGGAUGCCUGCAUCUUGGCAACAGCUGAAACAAUUGGCCAUUUUCUUCUCUGUGGUAUCUUCAACAGGAUGUGCGACGAUGUAUUAUCUGAUACAGAAGUCAUUUUCCAAGAAAGAAUUUUUCACAGGAGCUAUUGAGAAGCUGGAGUCUAAGCCUAGUGCUCUAGCGAUUAUAGGGGCACCACCUCUUAAAGUCCACACUCUCAAGCUGACGGACAAAUACAAUCAUGUUGACAAGUCAACAGCUCAGAUCAAAAUUCCAGUGUCUGGAUCCCUAUUAGCUGGGAAUCUCUGCUCUUCAGCUGUACGAGACCAUUUGAAUCAAAGAUGGGAUCUCCAGGAUGUGGUUCUAGAAUUGGACAACGGGCAACGUAUCCCAAUUUAUCAUUCUAAUAUACCUGCUGUAGAUCUAAAUGAAACAAGUCCUAUACCAUCUUAAAAUAUGUUUAUAAACUUGUUGCAAAGCCUA